CACAUCUACGACCCAUCUUCCUGGUCCUCGUUCCCCGGAUGCUUUUUUGCGUGUGGAAUGAUUCUCUUCCACUUUCCAUCUUUCCACUUCCAUUCGUCACAAUAAUCUUUACUUGUUUCAUCUUCAAUGUGACGGCGGAAAUCGAAUGCCGGUCUGAACUCGGCAUUGAGCGCGAUCAUCCUCACAUUUGCUUCACAUUCCUCAGGGAUUCUACGACGAGUUUGGGGGUGGCGCGAGCCAUCGAUCAGCAAGAUGGUCGGCUUCAAUGGGACAUCAACAUGCAGGACUCUGCUUCUCCUUCUCGGGUUCUUGAUCAAGCUGUCAGUUGCCCAGUUUGACCCCAUCAAGGACUUCUGUAGAAGAUUCGGACAUCAGUCAGCGGUGGUGGACGACAAACUUUAUGUGGAUGGAGGUUUGGUCAACUGGAAACCGUACUCGCAGACUUCGGCGAACAUCAGCAACCAAUUCCUCCUCUACAGCGACCUCAACCAUGAGACCGAUGGAAUGCCCAAUGUCUACGCCAACCUAUCCAAGAACGCAACUAUCCCCAGCGUGAGCUUUGGUAUCUUAUGGGAGGACUCCAUCAACAAGUGGCUCUACUCUUACGGCGGAGAGUCUCAGUCAACAGCAAGCAACUUCAUCCUCUACGGCUACGACAUCCUUAACAACUACUGGACCUCCUUCGGUCCACCAUCUAGCAGCGGUACCAUCACACCACUGAGUCACGGAGCAGGUGUCUCCAUCUCCGAACGCGGUGAGGCCUUCUACUACGGCGGAUGGUUCAGCGAGAACUCGGUCCCUGGCUGGUCAGGCACUAGACGGGCAUCCGAUAGACUGAUCAAGUACGACAUGGACAAGCAUGAGUUCAGCAAUCUUACCGGGCCGGAUAACGUCCGAAGAGCCGAAGGGACCAUGGUCUAUCUCCCCAUUAGUGAUGGAGGGAUGUUGGCCUACUUCGGUGGUGUUCGGGACAAUGGGAACGGGACUGUGUCGCCUCAGCCCCUGGAUACCAUCUUCAUGUACGAUCUGGCAAACACCAAGUGGUAUACGCAGAAGACAUCGGGUAGAGCACCCGAGGAUAGGCGGUUGUUUUGUGGAGGAGCGGCAGUGGCGCAGGACCAGUCCAGUUACAACAUCUACAUCUACGGCGGGGCCUCGUUCGGCUCCAACCCCAUUGGCUACGACGACAUCUACGUCCUCUCCAUCCCCUCCUUCCAAUGGAUCCGCAGCCUCUACCCGUCCAACUCCAACGUAACCGGCGAGUUCCCCAAAGCCAUGGCCUCCUGCAACGUCAUCAACAACGCCCAAAUGCUGGUCAUCGGCGGGCGCGCCAUGAACGACACCACAGGGUGCGAUGCCGACGGCGUCCUGGGUCAACACAACAUGGUUCUCGGCAAAGAUAACCCCGAAAAAGCCAUCUGGGCUCGCUUCCAGCCCAACCUAACCACUUACACCCUGCCCACAGACAUCGUCACCGUCGUAGGAGGAAACCCAACCGGCGGCGCCACCGUAACCGCUCCCCCCAAAACAGGCUUCGACGCCCCCGACAUGUCCACGCUCAUGACACGCAAACCUCGCCUAGCCGAACGCACAGCAACCCGCAACGUCACCACCCCGACCUCCUCGCCCACCAGUGACCCAUCCCCAAACCCCCACAAAAAGGGACUCAGCACAGGCGCCAUCGCCGGCAUCGCCGUUGGCGCCGCAGUAGCUGGCAUCGCGGCGCUCGCAUCCCUCUGCUUCUUCUGCAUCCGUCGCAGACAGAAACACUACAAACAACCGCGCGUCGGAGGCGCGCCCGUGACCGGAAGUAACCCGGCUAGUCCAAUGGCGCAACACCCGCCUGGCUCUAGUGGCUGGGCUGAUGGGCCCGGUGGAGCAACCAUUUCGUCUCCGACGUUCAGUCAGGCGCCGACUUAUAAUACGCAGGCUACUGAGCUUCCUCCUUCCUCCCCGCCGUCGGCGAAUGGACACGGACAUGGGUAUAGAGGCGUGGCGCUGGCGCCGCCUGUGGAACUACCGGGUGCGGAAGCGGGGGAGGGACACAUUGCGGAGGGGAAGACCAAGUAUCCUGGUUCUGGGACGGUGAGUGGGAGUCAGGAGAUGCCGGUUACGCCGGCGAAGAGUGUGGGCACGGGGUACCAUGACAACGGGCAUGGGCAUGCAAGGUCGCCGUCGGAUUUGGGGCCGGGGGAUGAUGCCAUCUCUAGAGGAGGGCUGUCGCCUUCGCUGCCUAGUCCGGGGAAUGGGACGGGGGAUAGUGGACGGUUUGGAGGGAAUGGGGGGCUGCCGCCUUAUUCUGCGUCGGGGGCGUAUGGGGGUGGACCGGGUGGAGGGAGGUUUGAGGAGGAUUUUGGACAUGGGGGCACGUAUAGGAGGUGAGUGUCGAUUGAGAGGGGGGUGGGCGGAGAUAGGCCAGGAGUUGUCGAUAUUUGACGGUAGCUGAGAGGGUGAGAGGGUGAGAGGGUUGGAGGAUGAGUGGAGAUAGGCGUCACGCAGGGGCGAAAGAGGCGGAAUAGGCGUUGAACAUCAAAGUUGACUUUGGAUCAUGGGCAGGGAAGGAGUUAUGAGCGAGUGUUUCCUUGGCUUGGCAUGUUGGUUGUAGUUGUGGGUUCUGUUUUGGAAGGAGCUGUCUGUCCU